AAAGAAUUCGAGUGCUCGUACUUCUCUCCAUUCAUUCUGAUCCCCCGCUUCGCUUUCAACAACUCAGCAACAGUUUGCGUCCACGCAUCAUCAUUCUAUUGCCCAUCCGCGCUUGUACUCUCCUUUGUCUUGUAACCAACUUCAAGGGGGGGUAUCUCUGGCAGACGACCAACAAUCUCAAUUCGUACUUCACUUACCGUAUUACGAUCUCUUAGAGUCUACCAAAAAAAUAUUGCGAUAAUAACCGAGUUCGCGCCACUAUAUAUGGCAUCGAAAGCAAACAACAGCCGCCAGCUUACGAUUUGUAACUCCUAGAAUUCAAAAGGCGUUACAAUUGCUAUUCAUUAUCUCUCAAAAUUUUCGCUUGAUAGCAUUUGAGAUGAGUCUAGGAUCAGAAUUUCAAGGUUUCAAACAGUGGAAAUCGUUAGAAGAACGAGGCAUCUCUUCCGAGGUAUUGGAGACGCUCACAGAUGAGUCCAGGGAAUGCUUGGAAAGACUCGCGAAUUACGAUUCACACUCUGUCCAUGACUUCGGCAUAGUGAAGCAGGCAGCUGUUCUGGUUGUCUUGUUCCAAAGAGAGGCCGAUGAUAAACUGCAUGUCUUGUUGACUACCAGGGCUAAGACACUUCGGAGACAUCCAUCUCAGACUGCGCUUCCAGGUGGAAAGGUGGAUCCAGAAGAUAGAGAUGCAACACAUACAGCUAGAAGAGAAGCUUUUGAAGAGGUCAAUCUUCCCCUCGAACAUCCUUCAAUACAUAACCUGACCGUACUCGAACCUGUAAUGACCAUCUUGCCUUUAAAUGCUCAUAUGAAGAACCACAUCAUUGUCAUUCCUACCGUGUGCUUCCUCUCUGACACGUCAUUGUUGGAACAUCUUCGACCAAGUCCAGAUGAGGUGGACGCUAUCUUCACUCAUCCGCUCAAAGGAUGUUUGACUGGCACAGUAGAAGGAAAGGACCUUGAGGGGCUGGCAGAAAAAGGAAGUGAAUGGUGGCCACAUAAAGAGGAAUUUCAUUCAAUCGAGGAUAGAAUAGGAACUACCGGGGGCUACCGAAUGCAUCGUUUUAGGACGAAAAGGACACCUAUAAAGGGGCUAACAUCAGAUGUGUUGAUUCAUGCGGCAUCUGUAGCUUAUGGAUCUCCUCCGGCCUUUGGACAGUUUGCUCCCAAUCAACCUCCAUUUUCGAGCGCCAUCUCAAAUGUCGUCUUGGAGUUGCCUUGCGUCAUUGACCAGAGCACUGCGGCGUCAAUCCCGGGUGAACCCCCUAGGGUCCUCGAGUGGGGAGGUACCGAGGCUGGUAUACGGAUCAUCAGCCGAGAACAGUACGAGUUAGUUUAGAAAAAUCCUCGCAACAAUUUAGGAUAAAAUGUCUUUAAUAUAGCUCAUCAAUGCAUGUAUGAAGAUGUCAGCGAC